UUGGCCAGUUUUUUUCCACGUUAUACAAGCUGUUUCGUAAAUUUUAAAUACACGAGUUGUGUAAGGUGAAAAAUCUUUAUAUAAUAACGGAGCAGAGUAACUCACUUCACUCCAGCGGAAUCACAUCAGCCACAGCUUUACGCACUGAAACGGCUGCAGUAAUGUGGGGUUCUCGUCUGCUGCUCCUCCUGGUCACGCUGUGGCAUCAGUCCCACAGCCAGAACUCUCAGCCAGUGCUCCAGGUUGUUACACAGACAAUGCUUCCUCCUGACAGUGUGCACAAUCCCACACAGCUCAACUAUGGGAUGGCUGUGACAGAUGUGGAUGGUGACGGUGAUCUGGAAGUGGUGGUGGCAGGGUACAAUGGGCCCAACUUGGUGCUGAAGUACGACCGGGCUCAAAACAGGCUGGUUAAUAUUGCUAUUGAUGACAGUAACUCUCCAUACUAUGCACUGAGGGACCGGGCAGGCAAUGCUAUUGGAGUUACCGCCUGUGAUGUGGAUGGAGAUGGACGUGAGGAGAUCUAUUUCCUCAAUACCAACAAUGCCUACUCUGGACGGGCAACAUACACAGACAAGCUGUUCAAGUUUCGCAAUGGUCGUUUUGAGGAUCUGCUCGGUGACGAGCUCAAUGUGCGUCGCGGCGUCGCUAAUCGCAUGGCAGGACGUUCAGUCGCAUGUGUCGACAGAAAGGGAACAGGCCGCUACUCGAUCUACGUGGCCAACUACGCCAGUGGCAACGUCGGGCCACACGCUCUUUUAGAAAUGGAUGAGUCUGCCAGUAACGUCGCAGAGGGCGUCGUCGCUCUGUCUGAUGUCGCUGCUGCAGCCGGGGUCAACAGGUUCACAGGAGGUCGCGGUGUGGUUGUCGGACCAAUCCUGAGCCAGUCGAGGUCUGACGUGUUCUGUGACAAUGAAAACGGGCCCAACUUUCUGUUCAAGAACAACGGAGAUGGGACUUUUGUUGACAUGGCCAGAAAGGCAGGUGUGGAGGAUCGAUACCAGCACGGCAGAGGAGUGGCACUAGCUGACUUCAAUGGUGAUGGAAAGACAGACAUUGUCUAUGGCAACUGGAACGGCCCACACAGACUUUACCUGCAGAGCAGCGACGCCAAGUUCCGGAAUAUUGCUACUGGAGGAUUUGCUACACCAUCACCUAUUCGCACCGUCAUCGCUGCCGACUUUGAUAAUGACAAGGAGCUGGAGGUGUUCUUUAACAACAUUGCCUACAGAGGAUCCUCCCCUAACAGGCUCUUCAAGGUGUCGAGGCGAGCUAAUGCAGACCCUUUGAUACAGGAGCUUAAUGUGGGAGAUGCUGCAGAGCCACAGGGGAGAGGAACAGGUGGCACUGUGACAGACUUGGACGGCGACGGACAGCUGGACCUGCUGCUGGCACAUGGAGAGAGCGCUCAGCAGCCAAUCUCUGUCUUCAAAGUCACACAGGGCUCGUCCAAUAACUGGCUGCGGGUGAUUCCUCGCACCCAGUUUGGUGCUUUUGCUCGGGGUGCCAAGGUAACGGCCUUCACCAGUCAGAGUGGAGCUCAGACACGCAUCAUUGACGGAGGUUCAGGCUACCUGUGUGAGAUGGAGCCGGUUGCCCACUUUGGUUUAGGAACUGACCAGGUGACGGUGCUGGAGGUCUCUUGGCCAGACGGCACGGCCAUCACUCGAACUCUUCAGGCCGGUGAGAUGAACUCGGUGGUGGAAGUCGCUUAUCCUAAACAAGGGGAAAUGUCUGUGCUUGCCAAUGACACGCAGUGUGGGAAUGGCUUCACUGUCAAGAAUGGCCGCUGCGCAGCGUUGGCUCCAUUUUACGACGGCAUUCGUUCUGCAGUCUCCGCGUUUGAAGCCUCCUGUUUUAACACUAUUUUACUGCAGUGUGUGUUGGUGCUGUCUGCACUGGCAGAUCUGAGGUGAGAGUAGUCUGCAGGGAAAUGAUGACAGCCUUCAUCCAGUGUUGCCUGGACUAAAUGUGCUAUAAGGACUCACUGUGGCCUGCAGUGUCCAUUUGUUAUAUUAGGACACACGUCCUCACAUCUGGACAUCCUGCAGUGGAGACACUUCCAGUUUAUUUUGAUAAGUUGGUUGCAUGAGGAAGUCCCUCUGUGUUGUAAGUGAAGACUGAGACACUGGAUCAGUCUCCUACCCUUUACCCAGCUGUAGUGUCAUAUAACAAGGCAGGCAUGCAUGCAAACAUGAGGGCAUUUGCUUCACCAAAGUUUUUUACAACACUUUGACUUGUCACAGGACGAACAUCAAAAGCUGCUUAUAACUGUAUUGUUGGCUCUGUUCUAUUUAAAUGUCCCAUCAAGUCACAUGCACAGAAAUAGAAUCUAUCCAUAAUUUGUAGUUAUUUAUUUUUGCUUUACUGGUUGUGACAACAAAAUGCCUUUAUUUAAAGAGUGUGUUUUGCAUAUAAAUAAACUAUGCCAAUUUUUUCA